UGGCACGCUUCCUUUCUUUCCUGGACAUCAGGAGCAAAAGCGUAUAGAUGGCACCACCCGUGAGGUGAAAAAGGUUAGAAAAGCCAGAAACAGGCGCCAGGAGUGGAAUAUGAUGGCAUAUGACAAAGAGCUUAGACCCGACAACAGGUUGUCUCAGAGUGUGUACCACGGAGCGUCUUCCGAGGGAUCACUGUCCCCAGAUACUAGAGAGAGAAACACAAGCUGAAUCCUAACAGAAACCAGCAAAUACACGUGAGAAAAGUGAGGACGAGGAAAGAAGAGUGGGAGCGAAGGAGAAUGGGCGUUGAGUUUAUGAGUGACGCGAAGACCAUGGAGCAGGCAGGGAGCGCCCGGGAGGGCAGGACGCCCAGAGGGUCCCAUGCAUCGGAUGUUACAGACUACUCCUACCCGGCUACCCCCAACCACUCCGUGCACAUACAGCCCGUGACCCCUUCUUACGCAGCCGGCGACGUACCGCCGCAGGGGCCUGCAAACCAGGCACCGGAGCAUGAGUACCGACCCCCGUCUGCCUCGGCGAGGCACAUGGCUCUGAACAGACCUCAGCAGCCGCCGCCACCUCCCCCACCGCAGGCCGCCGAGGGGUCGCAGGCCUCCGCGCCCAUGGCUCCGGCAGACUAUGGGUAAUUCCGUAUUCUGCUUGCUCUCGUGGCCGCUUGCUUUUGCGCUGGGAUCCUGCAGCAGGUGGUACAGGAAUUUUAACUGAAUAUUCGUACUUUAGAAGCCAGAAUGAAUGCAGCCAAGAAUGACAGGAUAUAGGUAGUAUCAGUUAUGACAAAUUCUGUGUUAAAAAUUCAAAGCCACGCCACACCCCUUUUUUAUUACAGAUAAGUCUCAGGUGUGUUUCAGUAUUCAUGCAUGCACAUUCCCUUUAUACACAUGGUUGUUUAUGUGUGAACGGAUCAUUAAGGCAAGAUGUUGAUAAAGGGUGAAAUGCCAGUCUUGUGAACCUGCCCCAAUCCUCAAGUUUCCCUACAUAUCCUGGGUGAACCACAGAGAAUUCAUAUCACAAACAAGAACUUAACACAGCACCCACGUGUCUCUUCUUACACUUGAUAUUGGAACCUCUUUUCUUAACCUCUUGGUGCCCAGAUAACAUUCUACCAUUGGGUCUUAUAGUUUUCUGGGUAAAAUUCAACCACCUCCCAAAAAAGACCCUCAUGUUUAAAUGUUGAUUAACUUUAAGUGCCCACCUUUAUUUUGAGAGGCCGU